AUGGCUUCUGACUAUUCCUCCACUUGCUGCUCUUCUGAGUCGGGUGUCAGGGUUUCUGAUUGGGCACUCGCUUCAACCUGUUCCGUGGAAACCACUUGUCUCCCCAGUGCCUGUGCUACAUCCAGAUGCCAGGCCCCCAGUUUCCUAUCGAGGUCUCGCGUGCCAACUGGGUGCCUCGCGCCGUGCUGCUUUGCUGGGAGUUGUAAUGUUCCGUGCUCGGUGGGGAACUGUGCCUGGUGUGAGGAUGGCAUGUUCAACAGCAACGAGAAGGAGACGAUGCAGUUUCUGAAUGACAGACUCGCCAAAUAUCUGGAGAAGGUGCGGGGGCUGGAGGAGAUGAAUGCGGAGCUGGAAUGCAGGAUCCGAGAACAGUGUGAAGAGGAUGUCCCCUUGGUGUGCCCUGAUUAUCAGUGUUACUUCGACACCAUUGAAGAUAUCCAGCAAAAGAUCUCGUGUACAAAGGCAGAGAAUUCUAGAGUUGCUGUACAGCUUGACAACUGCAAACUGGCUGCCGAUGACUUCAGGUCAAAGUACGAGUCUGAACUGGCUCUUCGCCAGCUGGUAGAGAAUGACAUCAGUGGCCUGCGUGGGAUCCUGGGUGAGCCAACCCUGUGCAAAUCCAAUCUGGAGGCCCACGCGGAUUCUCUGAAGGAUGAUCUCCUUUGCCUUAAGAAAAACCAUGAAGAGACAGAAUCUCUGGAAUGCACCGUGGCAGAAACCGAGGCCCAGUACAGCUCCCAGCUGGCCCACAUACGGUGCCUGACUGAUAAUGUGGAGAAGCAGCUGGCCGAGAUCCGCUGCGAUCUCGAACGGCAGAACCAGGAGUAGGAGGUGCUGCUGGACACCAAGGCCCGGCUGGAGUGUGAGAUCAACACACACUGGGGGCUGCUGGAGAGCGAGGACCACAGGCUUCCCUGUAACCCAUGUUCUGCAACAAGCAUGUCAAACAACUGUGAGCCACGCUUGGCAAACAUAAUUUGAACAAUGGAAAACUGCUGUACAUGA